UUGCCGGUACUUGUACGAGGCACGAAAAUGGCAGAUACGAGUCAACAACAAGCAUUAAGCGAACCACACACAAAUGGUGUGGUGGACGGUUUGACGGAAGAUGAAAAAAGCAAGAUGAGACCCGCUGAUAUCGAUGCGGAUAUGAGAGAAAUGGAGAGGAGAAAGAGAGUCGAGAUGAUGAUGAAUUCGCGAAUUUUCCGAGAAGAACUAGAACGUAUAAUCGAGACGCAGAUGAAGGACGGUGCUGGACCUUCCGGUCUUUUGCAACAGAUCUCCGAUAUGAUGGGUGCACAGGGAGCCCGAUUCAACGGCAAUGUGUUCAAAAAUUCAAAUUGCGUCUUACCUAUCAACGACAUUCGCGGUGUGGAAAGCAUGGGAUAUGCCAAGGGCGAAAAGUUGUUACGGUGCAAAUUGGCGGCGGUGUUCAGAUUACUCGAUCUGUACGGAUGGACGCAAGGCGUCGGCGGACAAAUCACCGCUCGUCUUAAUCAAGAUCAGGAACACUUUUUAGUAAAUCCUUACGGUCUACUUUAUCACGAGGUCACCGCCUCGAGUCUGAUAAAGGUGGAUAUGCAAGGCACGAUUGUCGAGCAGGGGACGACGAACUUUGGCGUGCAUGUCACAAGUUUUCAAUUGCACUCGACAAUACACGCCGCGAGACCCGAUAUCAAGUGUAUUAUUCAUAUUACUACUCCGUCCGUUACCGCUGUUUCCUCUUUGAAGUGUGGAUUGUUACCGAUUGGUCAAGAGAGCAUAGUGAUAGGCGAAGUGAGUACCCAUCAAUAUAUAGGAGGUUCUGUCGAACCGGAGGAACGGGAGAAGAUUGCUAGAAACCUUGGGCCGAUCAAUAAGGUUAUGCUUCUAACGAAUCGUGGCGCUCUUUGCUGUGGAGAGACGGUGGAGGAAGCAUUUUUCAACGUUUACAAUACCGUAGUCGCUUGCGAGACUCAACUGAAGCUAAUGCCCGCCGGUGUAGACAAUCUAAACCUUAUCAGCGAGGAAUCGAAGAAAGCUAUAUUCGAAGCUUCGCGAAAAUCACCGAUCCCUCAGCAGAGUUCAGUAGUGGAGUCAUCCGCUCUUGCGGAAAAACUCGAGAAACGCUGGAGAAUCGGCGGCGCUGAAUUUGAAGCUCUUAUGAGAAUGCUCGAUAAUGCUGGAUUCCGUACGGGUUACAUAUAUAGAAAUCCACUCGUAAAAGGAGAACCUCCAAAACCACGGAACGAUGUUGAAGUUCCACCGGCCGUAUCAUCCUUAGGGUAUCUCCUUGAAGAGGAAGAAUUGUAUAAGCAAGGAUUAUGGAAGGGCGGGCGUAAAGGCACUGACAGAUCCCGUUGGUUAAAUUCGCCAAAUGUUUACCAGAAGGUUGAGAUCCUGGAAACUGGAACACCCGAUCCUAAAAAGAUCACCAAGUGGGUGUCUGACGGAUCUCCUACCCAUAGCAGCACACCAGUGAAGAUAGACGGUGCUCUUCAGUUUGUACCGAAGAAUACCAACCCAAAGGAGUUCAAACAAAUACAACAGCAGAUUAAAGAUUAUCGACGAGCAGACAAGAUAUCGGCUGGUCCGCAAUCCCACAUAUUGGAAGGUGUUUCAUGGGAGGAAGCUAAAAAAAUGCAGGACGCGACAAUUAGUGGUACUGGAGAACAAGUAGUUUUAGUAGGAGCCGCUAGUAAGGGUAUUAUACAGCGUGGUUUUCAACACAAUGCAAUGGUCUACAAGACACCCUAUGCCAAAAAUCCCUUUGACGCCGUCACGGAUCAAGAAUUGGAUCAAUACAAGAGAGAGAUCGAACGCAAACAGAAAGGAGAUCCUUACGAUGAGUCACAAUCAGAAUCCGAGGCCUUGUCGUCCUUUAACAUCAGUCGUGCGACGCAUGAAUCCAGCACUGCCAAGAGUCCUAUUCAAUCACCGGUUUCUGUUACUUCGGAAACGGAGGAGGAGAGUAGAGACGAACCCCGAGUAUUGCGAAUAGAAACGAAACAAGUGCCUGUGCCGAGUCAACCCGAAGUCGUGUUAAGUGAUGAUGGACGGGCACCAAUCGAUCAUUUGCCGGAUUUAUGUUUGAGACAUAUUAUUGGGACGUAAUUAAUGUUUGCAGAUUGCGAACUAGGCAGUAAUUGCAGCAGCAUGAGCAACGAACGUGUGUACUGCGGCCGGCGGUUUUCCAAAUCUCUUUACGAUAGCCUUCAUUUGGAGAACGUUAGAACCUCUACAAUUGCCGAACGUAAAAAACCUCUUCUUAUUACACAUUCGAAAAUGUCCGUUAGCAAGCAAAGUAUGAAAUUGCAAUCGAACGCGAUCGUCCGGGACGAGAUUGUCGCAAAGUCUCGCUACGAGGCGAGACGAAAAUUUUUCGAGGAUCUCGGGCGUCAAAAAAACUCGGCAACGGAUUCGAAGACGGGAACGAUGAGUGCGAAUAAUGGAGAGAACGUAUCUAAGCAACAUUCCAUAGUGGACUCUGCGAGUAAAAAAUUACGUAUUCAUCCUGUAAAAAUGUACCACACAUACCUGACAAAUGGGGAUACAAGAGAAGGCAUCGAGAAAAUGAAUGGCGAGACGCAUUCGGACGAUAUUGUGAUGCAUUCUACGAAAUGGGAGAAUAUUGCGCAACCAGAUUUCGUUAAACUAGUCAAUGUGAAGGAUACAGAACCGAGCUCUCGCGACAUCGCGUUCUGUACGAAUGACGAUGAUCAAUUCGAGGAGAUAGUAAAACGUGAGAAUCACGUAAUGACGAUUGAUGAGAAGGAUGCUUCUGUAAAAAGGGAAUCUUUGACAAUUCGAGAAAGAGACAACGAGAAAUCGAGCAAUGAUUGUUUAGAUUUGACGAUUCAGGCAACGAAUGGGGAACAGCAGCAACGUACAUCAAAACCGACAAUAAGAACAAUGACGAAGAUGCAGGACUGUACUAAGACGUUUCAACGCGAUAGUAGCGAUAACGAAGAAAGCUUGCAAUCGCUAAACGAUUUAUCUUCCAACAAUUGCAAUAAACAUUCCACCGAUCAUUACAUAUGCGGCGAGGAUAAAGAAGCAUCGAUGAAUAAAAGAAUAAACAGUCACGCGACGGAAUUAAAGAAACAAAGUAUUUGCACAUGGAUCGAAAAAUCCAUGUGCGAAAGCAAUUGGCCGAAUAGCAAAGCGGAGAUCGACGACACAUACGAAUCGUAUUGCAACGACAUUACAAAAAUUGUCGAGAGCAUCGACGUAAAUAUUUCUUCGUCGAAAACAGAACUGGACGCGUUACCCGACACGGACACUUGCAUCAAGUACAAUCUAGACUCCACGAAUAUGAGUCUCAUUUACAGUCUAACUCCACCAGCGGUUCAAGAGGAAAGCGGCAACGACGAUACCUUGGCGGAACGAUCGUCGGAAUGGCAAUCCGAUACAACGAGAAGCGAUAACGAUGACGCGUUAGACGAUUAUGUAUGGAUAGAGCCAACGACGACCAAAACAGAAUGUAUAAAAUCCACGCAGUGUCUACAAGAUCGUAGAACAAUAUCGAGCAAUAAUAGCAGUUCCGACUCAGUAUCUGAAAGACAUUCGGCGAGCGGUUCCGACAUACUCGAGCUACCAAGUUGCACGGUUCUCGAAUUAGAGGAUAUCGAUGGCGAAGUUUUUCACAAUGGUAUUAACGAGUCUGCUAACGAGAUCAUCGCCGAUCUUAACGCCGCCCCCGAUGAAGAAGCGCCAUCAUCAAAUGACGCUCUGCAAAUUGCGCAACAUAUCCUCGCCGAGAUUAUCGAGUCCGUUUACAUUCUGUUGUUCCUCGAUUCUUCUAUUUACGAUCUCAACGUCGCAAAAGACGUCGUACGCCAAUUUAUCUAUAGCUGUUGUUACGAAUAUUCGCUCACAGAAUUUGCCGAUCGCACGUCCGUAUCUGAUGUCUCGACGGUAAUCAACAACGAUAUCGAUAAUAUUUGUCGAAUGAAAGGUUUCUUAGAAAAUUUAUCGCCACAUUUUGCCGGUUAUAAUAAUCAAACGACGAUACAUGAGAAAGAGGAUCCAAGAUCUUCCGCCGUAAUCGAAUUUUGCACCAUAGCGAAGAGGUCACCGAUCGAGAAACCGAGCACUCUGGCAUUAAACUUUCGUAUUAUCAAAAUCUCGCCGGACGAAUCUACCGAUACAUUGCCUGAUAUCGCUUGUCGGGUAUUUGACGAAAAUUCAAUUGACAACGAUCGCGGUUCUACCGAAACUGAUAGAAUCCUCGAUAAAACGAGGUAUAGCGAGAACGUAACUGUGCCGAAAUCAGAGACGGAAACGUGGCCGUGCGGUCGAUGCUAUUAUUGCCAAGAGAAGGAUGAAGAAUCGAUAAGAGAUAAAUUAAAUUGUCUAACGCCUAUAAGUGAGGAAUUGGACGAAACUCCACACGACACGACAUUCGUUUUAGAAAAUGCCAACGACGAAACGUCGCAUCACCUGGAAACCCGCUCUGUCGACGCUGUCGAAGAGAACAGUACAGUAAAUUCCACGAAGCAAUCUGUUUCUCUCGACGAAACCUACACGAUCUCCGAAGUUAGCUCCAUCAUUAUCUCUGAUAACGAUGAGACAAACGAUGUUCAAGAACUGCCCGAUAUCUUGAACUCGUCUAUAGAUUGUAUGUCUUAUUCGUACGACACUAAUGAAUUUAUACGCUUGGAAAAGGCUAUCGCGGAUAGUUCACCAUUAAACGUGUAGCUGACCCUGUUAGAAAAUCAUAUUUUAUCCUAAUUUUGCGAUUGUCAAAUUACUAAACAAUUGUUUUCCCAAUUUUUUUGGGGAAAAAGAAUUUCAACGAUUGAUUUAUCAAUAUGCACAACCGCUGCAACAGUAUUUUAGCUUGAGUGCCGGUUACUCUAAUUACAUUAAUCGAUGAACUAAAUUUCUUGCUUUUUUUAUAGCGUUAAUCAGAUCUGAAGAGCAUCUCUUAUAAUAUUGAAUAGUUUGUACAGUCAAUUUUUCACUUUGUACGCGCGUUUAUUUAGCUUAUCAACAUGUCAAGUUUUCAUACAUUUUAAGCUGAUAAACGAAAAGAUUUAUUCUAUCGUAAAAGCGGCACGAGUAAACGCGCAAACGUUAGAUGUUAAGAAGAAAAGAAGACAUUUUAAUAUUUCUUAAUGCUUCUUAUUCAUUAUUUCUUGUUCUACAAUUUUCUUUUCCUUUGUAGUUUUUCAAAUUCUAUGAAUCUCUUUAUGUAUGAACAAAACGCAUUUUUUGCGCAAUCAACUUUAAACAUAUCUGAAUAGGAAAAGGAAAUGUUGACAAUUUCUACAUAUGAAUUAGUAUUAACAUUUAUAAGAGUACUAGUAUCGUUUAUGUAUAUAACAUUUCCUGAGAUUUUAGUUUUUUUUUCUUUUCUUUUUCUCUUUUAGUCAAGUUGUGACUUAAAGACAAAGAGUUUCAUUAUUUAAUGUAUUUGUUUUAAUAUUCUGAUUUAUUUUCUCGAUAUUUUUUUGCCUAAUGAGUUUAAUCGACAUUACAUUGUUACAUAUUUACUCGUCGCUUUCUACUAACGAUAUUGUAUUUAAGUUAACUUAAAUUGCGAAUGCUUGUAUGAUUUAUACAAUAUCGUAACAAUUUUGAAGCACGUUUAAUGAUAUAAAAGUUUGCAUAUAACACUUUUUAUAAUUUUUUCUAUAUACCCAUCUUUAUAUAUACAUUUGGAUCUGUGUGUGUGUAUUAAUCCUCACCAUUAACACCUGCUACUAUUUCGGUGGUAUACACGCAUCCUGCAAGCUACGAAUGAUCGAUGCUAUUUGCUUGGACACAUUGAUUUUUUAUAACGAAUCCAAGAACGAAUACGUUUGGCAACAAAUCGUCAUUUCUCAAAAGGAGAGAAUACCGUAAAUGGCGAUCACUCGGACGCUCAUCACAGUACUUUCUCGCAAAGUAGCAAGGAGGUUU